AACAGCCACCGAUCACUCUCCCCGCCCAUCGUUUCAGGUCUCUCAAGUGAAGCAAUGAGUUCUUCUUCUUCACCAUCAUUGGAGAUUUUAGUUAGAGACGCUGAAGGUUUCAUUGUCUGGAAUGGCCCUCCUUUUAGUAGUAACGGUCAACCAACUCCCAAGAAUGAGCGAGUUUCAUGCUCCAGCACCAAGUUUAGCCUUGAUGGUUCCAAGUUCAUGGCCAUGAAAUCUGAUGGAACUAUUAGUAUCUAUGACUCCGCCAGCUUGAGUGAAGUUCGGUCGUUCACUGUAGCUAAUGUUACGGCUGCUGAGAUAUCUCCGUGUGGGACUUUUCUUCAGACCUUUCAGAAACCCACUACUCCCCAGGAGAAGAAUGUCUCUCUUUGGAAUACUGAGACUGGAGGUCUUGCGCAUGGUCUUUACCAAAAAUCUAUAACUAAAACCACAUGGCCAUCGAUUCGCUUCCCUCCUGAUGAGUCUUCUGCGUGUCGUUUAGCUACUAAUGAGGUCCAGUUCUUUGACCCGAAAGAUUUCUCUAAAGGAAUAACAUCCAGGAUUAGAGUUCCUGGCGUAGCGGCUUUUGAGCUUUCUAAAACCCCAGCCUCCCAUGUUGCUGUGUUUGUUCCAGAAAUCAAGGGGAGUCCAGGUAGUGUCCAGAUAUUUGGUUGUGGGAAAGACGCUGAGAGUCAGCCAAGUGCUAGACGUAGCUUUUUCAGGUGUUCCUCUGUGCAGUUUAGUUGGAAUCAUGGUUCCACUGGACUUCUAGUGGUUGUACAAUCAGAUGUUGACAAGACCAACAAAAGUUAUUAUGGGGAAACAAAGCUAAACUAUCUUACAGUUGAUGGCACACAUGAAGGCCUUGUUCCAUUACGUAAGGAGGGACCAGUUCAUGAUGUUCAGUGGUCCUUCUCGGGUUCAGAGUUUGCAGUUGUAUAUGGAUUUAUGCCUGCUUGUGUAACAAUCUUUGACAAGAAGUGCAAACCUUUGAUGGAGCUUGGUGAAGGUCCUUACAACACUCUCCGAUGGAACCCAAAAGGGAGAAUUUUAUGUGUGGCUGGAUUCGGUAACUUACCUGGUGAUAUGACAUUCUGGGACGUCGUCACUAAGAAGCUAAUAGGAAGUAACAAAGCCGAGUGGUCUGUAACAAGUGAAUGGUCUCCGGAUGGGCGUUAUUUCCUGACUGCCUCAACAGCACCAAGACGUCAAAUCGACAAUGGGAUUAAAAUCUUCAACUAUGACGGAAAGCGUUAUUUCAAAAAAAUGUUUGAGAGACUGUACCAGGUUGAAUGGAAACCGGAGUCUCCAGAAAAGUUCGAUGAGAUCAGUGAACUUCUCAAGUCAGUUGAAACAUUGAAACUCGAAGAGGGCAAAUCGCAAGGACAAGGAUCAGCUCAGAAGAAACCUGUUGCUUCCAUCCCCACUGUACAAAAACCAGCUGCAUAUCGACCUCCUCAUGCUAAGCAAGCAGCUGCCAUCCAAGCCGAGUUGCUUGGAGUAAACCCAGCAGGAGAGGUGAGCAAGAACGCUCUUAGAAACAAGAAGAAGAGGGAGAAGAAGAAAGCGGCAGAGGCUGCUGCUUCUGGGUCUAAUAACGCCUGAUUGAAGUAGUCACACCCAAGAUAUUAUAUUCAAGUUGAAAUUACAGUUUUGAAAUUCCCAGAUGGUAAUAAAGAUCCUAUAGAAGUGGCAAAAAAGUUAUGUUAACCGCUGUUUACAGACUAUUUUACAUCAGUUAUGUUAAAUUUUGUGUGGUAUUAAAACUUCGAUUUAAUCUACGGUGAGUGAAGCCAAAUUAUUCC